AUGCCGGACGUUUGGCAGGAUCAGAACAGCCAAGACGAAACGCUUCAAGAAACAGGAAGUGACUAUUUUGAUGCGCUUUCUGGUGAAGAAUCUGGCCUCGAAAAUGAAUCUAGUGAUUGGAGCGAUGAUGAAAGCCUGAUAGAUCUACAAAGCUGUUCCAUAGCGGGAUCCGAUCCCAAGGUAAUGCCCAUCUUGAUUCAUAGUCACGUGAAAGAAGAAGAAGAACGUCAAGAAACAAAAGAAGGUCAUGUACAUGUUCAGAUACAGACUCCUACCAGAAACUUUAGUGGAUGCCGCAGGAAAAUUCCUAGAACUCCCAUACCAGGUCAUACUGAUCCGCUUACUGAAAAGUUACAAUUGAAUUUGCAGUCAGCUUUUGAAGAAUUAGAAAUUGAGAGACGAGAGCGACUAGGUCAGAAGUGCCCAUUGCAAUUGGGGAACAGUUCCCUGUUAAAGAAAAGAGAGACAAGGAGUAUGGCUAUAUAA